UCUUCAAUUCGGAAUCUGUUUCGACCAAUCUAGGGUUUUAUCAGAUUUGGGAUUUCCUAUUCGGUUAGCGCUUUCUUAGUCAUCAAUUUCUGAUAUUUCAAUCGUUGUAGGUUUUUAAACAUGCCUCCGAGAUUAGCGAAGAGAGGGUCUGCGUCAGCUGGCCCUAAGAGAACGUUGAGGUCAAAUAGAGGGGCGUCGAAAUCCGACAAUCCUCCACCGGAGUCCGUAGUGGAGGCCGAUGCUCCGGUUUCCGAAACGAGGGAAGAAGAGGUACCGGAGGAGAUCGUGGAUGAUAAGGCUGACGAGAAGCUGUUCGUGGACGAAAAAGUGGUGGCCGAUGAGAAGGAGACUGACGUGAAGGAAAACGACGGAUUAGAUUUGAAUUCCGUCGAGAAGGAGAAUGAGGUGAAGGAGUCUAUUCAGGAGUAUGAAAAAGAUGAACAGUUAGAAUUGGAUGAUAAUGAACUUGAAUAUGACCCUGAAGAAUAGAAGAAGAAGAGAAGAGCAUGAGGACAGGAUGGUGAGGAGAGAGGGUGAUCUGUUUGAUGAUGAAGAUGUUCAAGA